ACUGAAUAUCUUCAAGGAGAAGCAAAAGAAGAAAGGAAGACUUAACAACAGUGCAAGGAUUAUAAGGCAAUAUAUAUAAAAUCAUUACAAUGAAAAUGAAUAAGGUAUGUCUUCUUUUCUUUUUUUUUACGACAAAAGGGACUAAAAUCUUUAUGAGUCAGAGUAAAGUAUGAGAGAUGCUAAAGUUUUACUUUUUAUGAUAUAAAUUAAAGAUAACAGUUCAUUGCCAAUUUGAACACUUCCUUGCUCUUUUUGAACAGUAGAUUUACUCAUUCAUUACGUUCGUGCGUGAAGCGCACUGAAUACAUUAAUUUAUUCAUUGGAAUCAAUACGGUCUGUUUUCAGUUCUAGUAAUAUUCUAAAAGAUUAAUGCUUUCAUUUUUCAUGGCGUCAAAUAUUUAGUAAUACUUACAGUUUUAGACUAAACAAUCAAAUUGAUGCAUGAAUAAUCACAAUGCCUUUUUGCCAGGCAAAUCGCUGAAUAGUAUAUUAGAGAAAUAAUGAUCAGGUGGAAUAAAGUUUUAAUUUAAUAUUGUAAUUAGCUGUCGGCCAUGUGUGUGUGCAUGCUACUGCAUCUUAUCGUAUAUCUGUAACUGCGAUGCUAUUGAAGAAAACACUGUCGGCAUUUCCCGGAACUAUAUUAAUACUAUAUACAAACACUUCAGGCAACGGAUUUCGUUAAUUAUAGCCACCUUGGUGACCCUGGGUCACCCUGGAUAAUAAAAAUUUACGGGCUUUUUUUAUAUUACAUAGUUAUACAACAAAUAUAUGAUAUUUCUUUCUUUUCUCUCAAGAAAAAGGGCAUUACAUCAAAACUGCUGGUGGUCUUCUUAGUGUUACUGGAAACAGUUGUGGAAAUUCGAGGCGCACCGGUAUCGACGGAUACAGGUUAGUGGAUAUUCAUUGUUUGUCUUACUAAUAGCCGCGAAGCUGGAAUGAUCAAAUAUUGUUUGAUCAUUCCAGCUUCUCUAUUAGUAAAUAUUCUCCGUGAUCGAUAAUGAAUUUGCCAGCCUCGUACCAAGGCUCUUUAGUAAUGAAUAGCGGCAUCGGAGCUCUGGGCGAGCUUUUAGGCGCGCGGGGAUUCUUGGGUCCUGCUACGUUGACCAAGAUUUGGCAAACGUUUUGACCAACUCUGCUCAUCUCAACCACUAAUUAAUAUUUCUUUUCCCAAAAUUGUUGGCGGAGGUUUCACGGGGCGUACGGACAAUAAAAAAUUUUUCCGGACAUCAUAUUCCGGCAUUCUCUUUCUGUUUAAUGUACGAUUAUUCAUGGUGGCGUAGCCAGUCCGACUAUUCAGUUCCGCUAUGCAAAUAUUGCUAUAAUUGUUUAUAAACUAUCAACACAAUCAAUUUCUAAAGAAAUGAAUAAUGAUGAGUUGAAAUUUGCAUAGCCGGACCUGAAUCGUCGGGCUGGCUACGCCACUGACUAUUCACCCUAGAAUAUUAUUAUUAUUAUUAUUAUUAUUAUUAUUAUUCACCUUAUUGUCCCAUUUGGUCAACUUUUCCGUAACGUUUUAUUUAAUUUCCCAAAAUUUACUUCCCAAUUCUUUUCUAAUUUCGCUUAAAAAGUGACCAAUGAACUAUUUUAACUAAAUAUUUUCCGAUUUUGACCAACGUUUUGAACUUAAAAAUUAAUGGGGGAUGUUACACCACCCACAUCCUACACCCAAAUCCUUUUUUCAAUCCUUAUUAACCAGGUAUUCAGUAUCUUCAUGAGAGCCGACUGUAGCAAUAUGCUUGGCUAAUCUUAUCGUAGGCGGCGGAACCUGGGGGGGGGGCAUAUCAGUGAGUGGAAGUGCCCUUGAUCCCCUAUAAAGAGUUUGGCUAGUCGCCUUUCGAUUCGUCCUCCAACUGCCAUAUCUUCACCACCUAACAUGUUUGGACGAUAGUGUCUAGUAAUUAAUGACUAAAACUCAUAAUUUUAUAACUCGUCUAUUACUGUGCUUCUUAUUUAUUCAUGUUAAUUAUAUUGAGAACGACAAGUUAGAGUUUAUAUAUAAUUCCUUGUUACAGAAUUUAAUUCAACUAAAAAAACAGACACGAUUUCUCUGGAUAUAUAUGAUAUAUAUGAUACCAAUGCAGCCUAGCGCAUUGUUAACAUUGUGUAGUAGGUAACUUAAUAUUGAAGAUGCCCCCGCGUCUCACCCACAAACCACAACCACAACUUGAAGAUGCCCCCGCGUCUCACCCACAAACCACAAAUUGUGGGUGAGACGCGGCCCAAAAACCCCAUCCGCUGUUUAGGGAAAGUAUAUGGACUAUCCCAUUUAGAAUUUGAAAUUCGAUAGGUAUAAACGUCGUCUACAGCCUUUCCACAGAGUAUAUCAAGUUUUAUCUCAAGCUCAUUGUGUGCAUAUACGCUGCCCACGAGCUGAACACAAGGCUAUAAUUAUAUUAAUAAUAUAUUAUUAUGUCCUAAACCAAAACCUAGACAAAGAAUUGCAGUCAACUACUCAGUAGUUGACUGCAAUUCUUUCUGAAAUGUGAUGGAUCAAGGAUAAGAUGAGCCACGAUUUUGAUAAACUAACGGAUAAGUACAGUCAAUUUUACCCCCCUCCCCCCACUCCCAGGGAAAGGUGCGGGGAAUUUGUUUUGUCACUCUCCAAAUACAUCUCAAGAUAUAUGGAAGAGAGGGGUUAAUUUUUGUUGCGGCACUAGUGUGUUGUUUAUCCGUGUAAGACUGCUAUAAUGAUAAACGUUAUUAUAGAAAUACAAAUACAAAUCCUGUCAAACCCACUGCUAUUCCCCUUGUUACCAGCAUAUUUCCACGGGGUGGGGGAGUGUGGGUUUACAUGCAUGAGCAUAAAAAGUCAACACUUGUCGCUGCAGGCAACCGAUAAUUUCAAGGAUAUCCACGUCCGUUGAUCCGCUGAAAAAUGAUAGAAUGCACGUAUUUCUUUCUGUUAUUAAAUUAAGAAUAAAGUUAAUGUUAAUUAAGUGAAUCGCAAAUUUUAGUUUGGUUGCUUAGGCCCCUCAUACUAAAUUGUUUUGCAACAUUUUAGGUGCAUCGGUCUUAUGUCCUCCGCCUUUUGGAAUAUGUCGUUGGGAACCUGAAGAUAUAUGCACAGAUCAUUCAGAUUGUAAAUUAUAUUCGGGUGCAGACAAAUGGAUUGGUUUAUGUUGUCCUCAUGCUUGUGAAGGGAAAAAAGUUUGCAGGGAUGUUCGCUGUAAGUAGUAUAUGUUGUGAUGCACUUAGUAAACAUAUUGCCCUGAUUAUUACAUUUAAUGCAAUUUUAAUUUCCAAAAACUAUGCAGGAAAGAUAUGGUUAGAUUCGUGAAGCGUGAAUAUCUAUUUCUCAUUUAAUUUCUCGUGAAUCGAGCAGUUCUUAUAAGGCCCGUUUACACGUGCAAUUUUUGCUGCGAUUUCUAAUGCGAUUUUUUCCUUCUGGUGGAUGUGAACGAGUAGAUGAGUUAUGAAUGUUCUGAGUACAUGUUCCCUCAUCUGAACAUUCAUAACUUAUCCACUCGUUCACAUGCAUCAGAAGAAGAAAAUCGCAGCACAAAUUGCAAGUGUAAACGAGUCUUCAUAUGCAUCGUGAAACUUAAUAAAAUGGCAACUUUUGUUAUUGAUCAAUUUCGCUCUUUCUUAUUACUGAAGAUGAAAAAGCAUUAUUAUUUACAUAUUUUGUACAUUUUUCUUCUUUGUAGUACCAACUCCAUCUACCACGAUCCGCCCCACCACAGAAUAUAUCACAACUACGGAGUAUACAACACAACCAAGCACCAAGUCGAGCACCACGGACAUUACAACGUCGACAACGCUACCUACAAAUCUAGUAACCACACAAAAAAACCAAUUUACUACCGCUACAUCAAGUACCAACAAGCCUACUAUCGUUUCCAAAGCGGCUAGCACAGCAAAAUAUUCUUCUACAGAAGAACCAAGUACUACUCAAUCUCGAACAACAACAACGGAGGAGAGUAAAUCUACCAUUGCGUUACCUACAACAGACCUAGAAACAACAACUACAGAACGUACCACUGAACUUUCAGCAACCACCCGGCUAACUACAACCGAAAUGCCAACAACUAAAUUACCAACCACGGUCUUGCCAUCAUCGACGACACCAACAAUGACAGUUGUAACAGCAACUACAACCCAAGAACCUAGACCAGGUCCAUCUGUAUGCAGUCAUAGCGACGCCAAAGAUAUUCUGUUUAUCAUAGAUGGUACGGUUAACUACCGACAAUAUUGGGUGACUAGAAAAAAAGAAUGGAAACAGACCAAACACUUCAUCAAGGAAGUUGUUUCGGAGAUGAAUGGUGACAAUUUUAGAGUUGGUGUUAUGCAAUAUGGUGGAAGAAGAGAGCCUAGGAUGGAGGUUGAUCUUUGGGAAGGAACUAGUACUGCUGACCUGAUGUAUCAGAUUGAUAAUAUAAGACAGAUUGGAGGAGUGGAAAGAAUAACCGGAAAAUCAUUGGCUAUCGCAAGCAACAAGGUAAGUUAACAUUAUUUACAUUAUGUGCUUACAAUAGAAUGCUUUACGUAGCUAAGUUAGCUUAGUCGGCAAUACGUAUUUUGAUGAAUAAUUGUCAAAUCUCCUAUUUACUCUGAUACUGAUGAUUUUUACUUUAUAUUCUAGUUCUAUGAAUUGAACUCGCUCUACGAGCGUGUUAGUGCACAGGAUAUUGUUGUUCUGAUCACGCGUGGAAGACCGUCCGACAGGGAACAAACGUUUGCAGAGGUGGGAAUGCUAAAACGGAAAAUGAUACGAGUAAUUGCUAUUGGACUGGGUCCCUAUCCUAGGUAUUUGGCAAGAUCUUUACGAAAAAUUGCAUCAUUCACGCAAGACGCAAUCGCAUCCAAGUACAGUGAACUCGCCAACAAGAAAAUGGACGUCCUUGAAAAGAUUUGUCUUCCAGUUAAACUACCUGCAAGUAAGUUAACAUGAAUAAAAUUAUAAUUCUGUAACUAUAAUGUUGAUAAUAAUAAUCAUGAUAGAUAAUAAUGAUAAUUGAAAUGGUGAGCAUGAUGAUACCAUAAAUCCUGUAUUUCGAGUUGCAUUUAGCAUCCGCCCAUCUCAAAUAUGCAUUUCCUCCCUGAUAAAAGCCCCUUUCAAGGGAAGAUAUUUGGUUACCAUCUCUGGGAAGAUAUUUGGUUACCAUGUCUUUCUAUUAAGUCCAUGCACCCCUCCACACAACAUUGACAACAAUGAACGACAUUGUACCUUUUGGCAGGGUUCCGUUUGCGCUACAUUACUGAAUAAGCCCUCUCCAUUAUUAGCUAGCACGAUAUGCACCCUGAAUGUUCCUGAAAUAAAUCACCCUUAGGAGGCUUAAUAGAGAAUUGGCGCGGUAAUAAUGGUUACUAUGAUAACGGUAUUGAUUAUGAACAUGCAUGUGGUGAUAAUGACGAUAAACAAUAAUGAAAAAGAUGAUAAUCAUGGAAGUGAUGAUAAUUGUAUUGAAACGGCUUAUGAAUGUGUAUUCUUACACGAAUAUCACUUUUUCUCCAGCUGAAUCACUUUGCGGGAACAAAAAAUAUGAUAUUCACUUUGUUCUUGAUGGAUCCAGAAGCAUAAACCCAUCCGAUUUCGACAAGAAACGAAAGUUCCUCAAAGAUGCCUUCUUUUUACUGGAAUCCCCAUCAUCAGACUUGAAUAUUGGAAUGAUGCAGUUCAGUACAGUUGAGAAAACUGAAAAAAUAAUGGUGCUCCAAAAGCAUUCCUUGAAUGAAGAAAUUAAAUCAAUAGAAAAUAUGGAGUAUCAUUCUGGAAGAAGAACCAUGUUGGGAGAUGCUCUAAGCCAAGUAAAUGACGAGGUUCGCGGUUAAUUCUUAUAUGUUACUGAUCAUGUUUAAUUAGCCUUUCUCACGCCGCCAUUUUUGGCUGGCUUUUCAGCCGACGUCUGAGAGAUAAGUCCACAUAACAGCGACUUUUUAUAAUUUUUUGGACGAAUGAUGGUAAAUUUGCUUUGUAAAUGGUUAGGUUAUUUUUUUUAAAAAUUGCUUUUCACAUUGUUUUAAUUGUCCGCAUUGGUUAACGAGAAUUAGAUGCCACCCAAAAAUGCGGAUAUCGUCAUCGCGAGAAAGGCUAAUUGAUGUAAAUUUCACUGGUGAAAAUGUAUUACUUUUCAAUGAUCUUUCAACUUGUUGUUUUCGAACUCACAAUUUUCAACAAAAUUCAAACAAUUACUUACACUUUGUUAUUCUCUAAACGAAGUGAAUAGAUUGUUGGUACAUGGGUAGUAUACAGUGGUUGGUGAGUUUUAUUUAAAAUUCCCAGGAUUCUUCUGGGACACUGUUCCUGUCAAUACACCUAAUAUUUUCUAUUACCCGACUAAUGUUGUGAUUUCGUCAAUCUGAUAAUUUAUAGGUAUUCAAUGGUCAUGGUGGCGAUCGUUCUGCGGUUGAAAACGUGUUGGUUAUCUUCAGCGACGGCCGAGCACACGAUAUCACGAGAGCAUACCGAGAAGCAGACAACAUGAAAGAAAGAAAUGUGCGAAUCAUAGCGACGACUGUGAGUGAUUACGGUUAUGUCCCUCGUCAAUUGAGGAAGCUGGCAACACAUCCUAAAUAUGCAAUAAGUAUUGAACUUAGCAACACCGCACGCUAUGCCAAGAAACUUGUAUCGAUGAUUUGCCAGACUAAUGUGUGAGAUAGUGGUCGCUGACAAAUGGCGGUCAACCAGCUCAUAUUCAUAGCAUGACAAUUACUGUUAUAAAAUUAAAACGUAUGCGCCCUAAAUUGGAUCUGCAAUUAAGAAGAGAUUCAAUUUAAGGAAAGAUGCUUUUUUACAGGUAAUUAUUGUACAAAUUAAGAUAUUUCUUUCCAAAACACAGCGCAUAUUGUAAUUUAUAUAUAACAAAUGGUAUAACCAUGCCUGACUUGUGUUGCACG